AUGAGUAAACUGCUUAGUGAUAUCUCAACAGAGGUAAAGAAAGCAGUGAAGAAGGAACUGGCUUCUGUGAACGAAUCGUUAAGCUCAUGGUGUAUUAAAAUGAAUACUAUAAACGCUACACUAGACACCCUAACGGAAAAAGUUAAAGACUUGGAAAAGAAAAACAUGUACUUGACAAAUCAAAAUACCCACCUGGAAUUAAAAGUUAAUGCAAUGGAACAACAAAUAAGAAAUAUGGAUCAAAAACUGCUGGAUAAUGUACUGGAAAUAAGCGGAAUUCCCGAAGGUAAGAACGAGAACUUAGAAGAACUUUCAAGUAAACUAGCCUCGAAGCUAAAUAUAGAGAAACGUCAAGUGUCUAUGGUGAAGAGACUGAAAGGCAGGGACGGAAAAGAAGGUGUAAUCCAGUUAGUAUUGCAACAAGAGGAGCAGGUCAACCAGUGGAUCCGCGCUGCACGAAGGGAAACAAUUGCUAUGGAAGAUAUAAUUCCCAAUGUUACUAAUCCCGAUGUAGCCGAAAUAAGGGUGAUACUUCGACGCGCACUAACCAAAGCAAAUAAAACGCUUCUGUGGCAAGCUAAACAAACCUUGAAGGAGGCGUAUAAAUAUAUUUGGUUCCAGGGUGGUAGAAUUUUGGCUCGCAAAAACGAUAAUGAUAAGCCGAUUAUCAUAAGGAGCUCAUGUGAUAUUGAUAAGAUGUCAAUGCUAAAAGAUCGAUAG